ACGUCAUUAACCGGCGCCGCCGAGCAGGUAGUCGAGCCGAGUCGAGUCGAGUCGAGUCGAGCCGGGCGUCGCAGAGCGGGGUUGGUGUGGCUUGGAACCCUGGGCAUACAGGAAGAGCGCGGGUCUUUCGGUGCGGUGGUGGCGCGCGUUUCAGGUCGCUCUGAGAUGAAGGCGCAUUUGUUGGAAUAGGACUGAACGAAGUUCUGACCUCUGCACAACAUUGCAAUAAUAUUUCCCACCUAUCUUGUUGGGGAUUUAAAGCACGCAUUUUGGAGGAGACAUUCAUGAAGCUGUGCUCAUUAUCUCGCUUAUGUUAUUGGAAAAGGAACAUCAACAGUUUGUUAGCCUCGUUAGUGUACUGAAAGCAAAGCUUAUUGCCUUGUUGGACUGAAUAUGGGAGAGACAGAAAAAGUGUCAAGUGAUGCAGCACAUACGGAGUCCAGUAUCCAGAAGAAGGAAAAGGAGAAAAAGAAAAGGUCACGGGUUAACAAGGUGCUUUCUGAGAUUAAAAAGCAGGUGGAAUUUUGGUUUGGUGACGUAAACCUCCACAAAGACCGCUUCCUCCAGGAACAGAUUCAGAAAUCCAGAGAUGGAUAUGUUGAUAUAUCUGUGCUGACAGUGUUCAACAAGAUGAAAAAGUUAACCACAGAUGUAAAACUCAUAGCAAGGGCGUUAAAAAAUUCAAAUGUUCUUGAGCUUAAUGUCGAAGCAACAAAAUUAAGGCGACGCCUGGCAUUAGGAGUCCAACCGCAAGAUGUUGAUGCCCGUACAAUUUAUGUGGAGUUACUUCCCAAAAAUGUCUCGCAUAGCUGGAUAGACCGUGUAUUCAGCAAAUGUGGUAAUGUAGUCUACAUCAGCAUUCCACGUUAUAAAACAAGUGGUGACCCAAAAGGAUUCGCUUUUGUGGAAUUUGAAACAACAUCAGGGGCCCAGAAAGCCAUUGAGUCGUUAAAUAAUCCACCAGAAGAUGCACCACGAAAACCUGGCGUUUUCCCCAAAACAGUAAAGAAUAAGCCUGUUCCUGGGCUUAUCUCUAGCGAUGGCAUUGCCCCAGUUUCUUCAAAACCAUUCUCUGUAGAGGAGAAAGAGAAAGAGAAAAAGAAAAAGAAAAAGAAGAAAUCUCGAAAGACCGAAAGCUCGAGUCAGUCGACUACAGAGGCAAUGGACCAUUCCCACAAAGAACAUGCAGAGACCUCAGACAAAGUGAAGGGGAGCAGAGUUGCACACGAUGAAACCAAAAUGCCAGAUCCUAGCAAAGCCAAAUCGAAAGGUGAACCGCGAAAACGAGAAAAAACGGUGGAGGAAUCAGGUAGGAAGAAGCGAAAAAGAAAUAGUCCCGAAAAGCUGGAAUCUGCAUCUUCUACCAAAGUGAGGAGAAUUGACAGAGACAAAGAGAAAACGGACAGUGAAAAGGACAUCAAAGAUUUUUCAACAGAAGAAGAGCAUGGAUCAGGUGACAAAAAAGACGAGUCCAUGUCCAAAAGCAAGAGAAAACGGAAAAAAAAACAUAAAGAUAGACACAAGGUUGAAGAAGAGGUUAUUCCUCUGAGAGUAAUAUCCAAGAAAGAGUGGAUGGAUUUGAAGCAGGAGUACUUAACAUUGCAGAAGUCCAGCAUGUCCAACUUGAAGAAAACUAUGUUAGAAAUCAAACAUAAAAAUGGCAAUGAGGCAAUGGAGGUGAUUGACAAAAUCAAAGAGGAAUGCAAAGACGACGAAGCAAAGGUUAACGAUGGAGAAACCCAUCCCUCUGCGAAGGUUAACACCCUGGGGCCACAGUUUGUGAGUGGAGUCAUUGUGAAGAUCACCAGUACUGAGCCCCUGCUGGGCAGGAAACAGAUCAAGGAUGCUUUGAUGGAGUCAUCUGUGGAAGUUUUAUAUGUGGAUAUGAUUGAUGGAGAUACUGAGGGACAUGCUCGGUUUAAAACUCCUGAAGAUGCCCAAACUGUAAUGAAAGCACAUCGAGAAAUACAGAGCAAGUACAACUGGAAACUUGAACUCCUCACAGGUGAUGGUGAGCAGCGUUACUGGCAGAAGAUUUUAGUGGAUAGGCAAGCAAAAUUAAACCGCCCACGGGACAAAAAGCGAGGCACCGAGAAGUUGAUUGUCAAGGCUGAAAAAAUAAUCGUGGCCAAGACGCACACAGCUGGCAAGCACAUACAUUUUUCUGAUGAAGACUAAGAACCAAAAUAUCUUCUUUCUUUUGAAAGGACUUUUGCUACUUUGAAUUUUUUUUACCAGUUUUAUACUAUGUAUUAAUACUGUUUACAACAACUAGAAAGAUGCUCACAGUUGGACUUUUAAGAAAUGCAGUGAAAAGUUUGACCUUUUUAUGGAUUGUGUAAAUUUGAAUCAGUAUUUUCAUUGUUGCUAUAAUUUGACAAUUUGAACACUGCAAAUCGUCUUCCAUAACAUUUGUCUCAAAUGUAAGCUGUUAAGGUAGAUUAACCCAGGACGUAUGGUUAGAUAAUCUUUUUUGCUGUAUGGUUUCAGUAGUUUCAGAAUUUUACUUUGUGAAACAGGAUUUGGAGUAAAUACAUUUCAAUUUUUUUCCCUA